AUGGCUGCAUCCAAAGGCAGCCAAAAUGCUGCCUCAUCCCUUGCUGGGAAAUCCAUUCUUUUCGUUGGCGGAGGCACGUUUGGAGUCUCUGCAGCCUAUCAUUUGGCUGACAGGCUUGAUCUGGCUGCAUCGAAAACAACAAUUACCAUAGUAGACCGCUUCGAGAGCCCUUCGCCAAUCGCAGCAUCCACUGAUCUCAACAAGAUCGUCCGCAGCGACUACUCGGAGCCCAUGUACGCUCGACUCGGUGUUGAGGCAAUGAAUGAGUGGAAGAAGAAAACGGGCAUGUUCGCUGGCAUGUUCAAGCAAACGGGCUGGUUCCUCGCUGCGCAGAACGUCAGCAUUCCGUUUAUUGAGACGUCCGUGGCGAAUCAGGAAAAACUUGGUAUAAAAGGCGUGAAGAAGGUCACGCCGGAAGAAGCCCGCAAAAUCAGUCCAUCUUUCACGGGGUCUAUGGAGGACUGGCAGAUAUGGUGGAAUCCUUGGGCAGGCUGGACUACCAGCGGCGACGCGCUCGCCGCCAUGACCACCGCAGCGAAGCAGCUCGGUGUCAAGUAUGUCUCUGGGGACGACGGCUGGAUCAAGAAGCUCCUGUACGCUCCGGAUGGGACAUGUAUCGGUGCGGAGGCAGCCAGCGGUGCGCGGCACUAUGCGGACAAGGUCGUUGUGAGCGCUGGCGCGACAUCAGCAAGUCUGCUAGACUUUGAGGGCCAGCUCCAAGCCAAGGGCCACGUGGUGGGCCAUAUUCAGUUGAGUCCUCAAGAGGCGGAGAAGUAUGCGAGCCUCAAGAUAGUAGAUCAUUUUGAGCAGGGCAUUCUCUUCCCGCCCAAUCGUGAUGGCAUUAUCAAAGUUGCCACAGUCAAUUUUGUCACCAACGUUGAGGAUCCGGAGAAGCCAGGGCUUAGCCUACCGCGCUUCCGACAGGACAACCCCCGAGACGAUGUGCCCAGGAAAAUUGAGGGAGAAAUUAGGGCGUGGAUGCGCGAGUUUGUACCAAGUUUGGCUGACAAGCCCUGGUCAGAGACCAGGAUAUGCUGGGACACGGAUACUCAAGACCUUCAUUUCCUCAUUGACAAGCAUCCCAAGCACAAAGGGCUCUAUCUUGCUACUGGAGGUUCAGCACAUGGCUUCAAAUUUCUGCCCAUCAUUGGCAAGUAUGUCGCCGAUAUGUUAGAGUCAAAGCUGGAUCCAUCACUUGCAGAAACCUGGGCAUGGAGGCCUGGAUGGCAACGCAAAAGCCAUGGGCCGGAUCCUCACCCUUACCCCACACGAGAUCUAGCCGAGUUUGAGGAUUUCAAGCCGAUGAGAGCAUCGAAGCUAUAG